CGCGCGUCUGGCAAUCGCGCAAACCCACAAACCCCCUCACUCGCUUAUCGUGACGCUCCCAUCGCAGAAGAAAAACCCACCGCCCACCGCGUGGUGGGGCCGGUAGCCGGAGGGUACACCAUCAUCGAACGCGUCGGAGCACUUAGAAGCACUCGAUGAUAACAGCGGGACUCCGUGUUGGGCCGGGGGAGAGUGUGGAGUUAAUAGCUACCACUCAUCUGCCACUUCAUCAAGCAGGAUUAGUGUGAGACGAGUGAGAGCGAGUGAGCGCGAGGAAGGAUGAGCGUAACGACCUGGUGAUCGGUUAUCAUAUCUCCGCUUCGUUGUCGUCGUUGUCGUUGUCGUCGUCGCACUGCUGUGCGUGUCCUGGUGUCGACGGGAACCACCGAACGCUGUGCUUCAUGUGAAGUAGUGUGUGGUAGAGAGUGUAAGCGAAAGGACAGUGCGUUCGCGCGGUGCGUUCUUUCGCUCUCGGCUCACCUUUCAGUGUCAUCUCGAGCGUCGCGCAGAAACGAUCCACUUGUAGCAAUCAGCAGCAGCAGCAGCAGCAGCGGUACGAUGCUGGACGCCUUGAAGUUCUUCCUGUUUGUACUGCUACUGCUGGUGACGAUCCUGCUAAACCGGCAUGUCACGUCCAAGCAGUCGGCCGAGCUCGAUCUCGAGCUGCUCUGGCACAUCCAGGACGCCAAGGGAGUGUACGUCAUCCCCAAUCAGACGCUACCGUCGGGGGUGUAUACGGCGCUGGAGCAGAGCAUGAUCAUCGGUUCGCUGCUGGAGGAGUACAACGACGUCAACACGUCCUGGGUUGGCCAGACGGAAUGGAUCUACCGGGCGAACCUUUCGUGUGUGGCUGGGGAGUACGAGUACGUGGUGCUGACGCUGCACGGUGUCGACACGUUCGCCGACGUGUACCUGGGCGACCGGCUGCUCGGCAGCACCGAGAACAUGUUCGUGCGCUACCGCUACGACGUCAAAGGGCAGUGCGACGGUAGCACGAACGAGCUGCGGCUCCACUUCCGCUCGCCGGUCGACGAAGCCCGUGCGAAGGCCGCCAUCCGCCCCGUUCCCGACCAGCUACCGGUGCUGCCCGAGUGUCCCCCGCCCGGUUACAAUGGGCAGUGCCACGUGAACCUGAUACGGAAGAUGCAGGCCAGCUUCGCCUGGGACUGGGGCCUGGCUGCACCGUCGAUGGGCAUCUGGAAGCCGAUCCGGCUGGAGUACUACAGCUCCGCCCUGAUACGGGACGUGAUCGUGACGAUCGGUGGUGGGACGACCGAGGACCACUGGCUGAUCGACGUGAUCGUGCACCUCGAGGCGGGCCUGACCGAGCAUCGAGUCGCCGGUCAGCUCACGUUCAGGAUCUUCGAUGUACCGUUUGCGGCCGGCACGGAGCCGACGGUAAGCGUGGCCAAUGCGACGAACGAGCGGGGCGAGCUGGCGGUCGCGCAUCAGCUGCGCGUGCGCAAGGACGCAGUUCAGCUGUGGUGGCCCAACGGAUACGGGCGCCAGUCGCUCUACAGCCUCUACGUGCACUGGGAGGACGCGGCCACCAACAGCGUCAAGCAACCGCACCCGGACACGCUGCAGGCGGAGAAGAUUGUGCGCAUCGGAUUCCGCACGGUACGGCUCAGCCAGGAGCGGACGGACGAUGGUGGCCAGCUGUUCUACUUCGCCGUGAACGAUGUGGCCAUCUUUGCCAAGGGUUCGAACUGGAUCCCGUCGUCGAUACUGCCGGAACGGUCGUACGAUCCCAGCUACGUCAAGUUUCUGCUGUAUGCGGCCCGGGAUGCACACAUGAACAUGCUGCGCGUGUGGGGUGGCGGUCUGUACGAGAGCGAUCUCUUCUACCGGCUGGCGGACGAGCUGGGCCUGCUGAUCUGGCACGAUCUGAUGUUCGCCUGCUCGAUGUAUCCGACCGAGGCCGGGUUCGUCCGCACGGUCCGGGACGAGGUGCGGCAGAACGUGCGCCGGAUCCAGCACCAUCCGAGCGUGGCGGUGUGGGCGACCAACAACGAGAACGAGGUGGCCCUGCGCCAGAACUGGUACGGCACGGAGGCCAACUUCAGCGUCUACUACGAGCAGUACGUGGAGCUGUACGUGCGCCAGGUGCUGCCGGAGGUGGAAGCGAACGAUCCCAGCCGGCCGGUGCUGCUGUCCUCGCCCUCGAACGGUGACCACCCGUCGAACGACUAUGUCGCGGCGAAUCCGCAGGACCCACUGUACGGUGACGUGCACUACUACAACUACUUUCUGGACGGCUGGAACGCGGCCCAGUACCGGGGCGGCCGGUUUGUAUCGGAGUACGGCUUCCAGUCGUUCCCGGCCUACACUAGCUGGCCGGAGGCGCGCAGCUACGAGCCGCUGGAGCUGACCAGGCUCAUCAACCACCGCCAGCACAGCCCGCUCGGUCACGAGCCGAUUCUCACGAUGAUACGCUUCAACCUGCCGCUACCGGCCAGCUCGCCAGACGCCCCCGACGCCUCCUACUGGCCCGACCUCAUCUACCUGAGCCAGCUAUCGCAGGCGAUGAUCGUCAAAACGGAAACGGAAGUGUACCGGGCGCGCCGGCUCGUCCACGGCACGAUGGGGGCGCUCUACUGGCAGCUGAACGACGUCUGGAUCGCACCGUCCUGGUCGUCGAUCGAGUACGGUGGCACCUUCAAGCUGCUGCACGUUUGGCUGCGCCAGAUUUUCGCCCCCGACCAUCUGGUGACGUUCGUGAACGAGCGGCGUCAGCUCGAAAUAGCGGCGGUCCGGGACACGCUCGGUGCCGAUGACCGGUGGCGCAUCGAGCUGCGCAUUCAUCGUUACGGUACGUUCGGUGCUGUCGAUCGGCGCACGUACGAGGGAGUAACGGUUGGGCCGAACACGGUCGUGACGGUCGAUCGGUACGACAUCUAUGGUCGCCUGGCGCACCUCGGCCUGAAACCAGCUGACCAUCUGGUACUGUUGGCUGCCUACCGCCAGUCGUCCGGUCAGCUCGUGGCCGAGAACUUUGUCCUGCUCGAUAAGUUGAAGCACGUGCGCGACCGUACUGAUCCGGCCGUGACGGUCAGCGUGGUGGCGGCGGUGUGCAGCGAGCGCAGCAACCUGACCAGCGUCAGCCUCGAGGUGACGGUACGAGUACCGGCCCUCUUCGUCUAUCUGCAGCUGACGCCCGAAAACAGCACCCUGAAGCAGUGCCAAUUCUCCGACAACGGCUUUCUCCAGUUUCAGCCGAUACGCAGCGUCCAGCUGACCUGCGUCGAUGCCGGGUGCCGCAACAAGAUACAGUCGCGCGACAUCACCGUCCGCACCGUUAAUGGGCUGCUAAUGAAGGGUUGAUCGUCCAAGAGGAAGUACACCGACAGUUGUAUAAAUAUACAUCAUAUAUGUAUUGAUAUCCACAAAUAUUAUAAUGUUACGGUAAUAAAUUAACUUUUGCAGCACCUUA